UAUGUUCGAAAUCAUGGCGGCGUCCACGUCUAAACGUUUCGGUUUCAGCAACGAGUUUUUCUCCCAGUUGUUCCUUAUAUUUCUGGCGUCUCUCACUAUUCGGGUGGGAGUGGCGAUGUGGGGUCACUCGGGGGAAGGCAAGCCACCAAUGUUUGGGGAUUUUGAAGCACAAAGACACUGGAUGGAAAUAACUGUUAAUUUGCCUUUUAAAGAAUGGUAUGUCGACACCCCCAACAAUGACUUGCAGUACUGGGGACUUGAUUACCCCCCCUUGACAGCCUACCACAUGAUGCUCAACGGAAAGAUAGCACAGCAUGUCAACAGCAGUAUUGUGGCAUUGCAUGAGUCCAGAGGAAUAGAAACUCCUCAAGUGAAGUUCUUCAUGAGGGCUACAGUCAUCGUGAUGGACGCUUUGCUUUUUCUGCCCUCUGCUGCCGCUUUCUUCAUGUUGGAAGGAAGUGGGAAAAGAGACGAAGCUAGUAUUCUCAAACGCAUCAUGGUCCUCGUUGGCUACCCUGGUCUGGUGUUGGUGGACAGUGGACAUUUCCAAUACAAUAGUAUAAGUCUGGGUCUUGUGGUCCUGGCCUCUUCUGCCCUGACCCGAGGGUUUGACUUGGUCGGUGCCUUCCUCUUUUGCCUUUCUCUCAACUACAAACAGAUGGAGUUGUACCACGCCUUGCCGUUUUUUGCCUACCUUUUCGGUUCUUGCAUCAGACAGACGAAUCCCUCCAAAGGUUUGUUCAAGUUCACAAUGCUGGUUCUGGUGGUUGCGAUAACGUUCAUAGCUCUGUGGUCACCGUUCCUGCACAGCGUAGACUCGGCUCUGGCUGUAGUCCAUCGGCUGUUCCCCGUGAAGAGGGGACUUUAUGAGGACAAGGUUGCAAAUUUUUGGUGUUCUGUGUCUAUUCUGAUCAAGUUUAAGGAGAUGUUGUCUCAAGCAGCUAUGGCCUUUGUUUGUUUGGCGACAACUGCUGUGUUUUUACUGCCUUCUUUCUUCCACCUCUUGAUGAAUCCAAACAUGAAAAAUUUUCACUAUGCUUCUAUAAAUUCAUCCUUGAUUUUCUUCCUGUUUUCCUUCCAUGUUCAUGAAAAGACUAUUCUUUUGGCCACUAUACCUGCCUGCCUAGUGGUAGCCAGAGAUCCAUUCAUCGUCCUUUGGUUCCUACAAAUCUCUGUGUUCAGCAUGUUGCCCUUGUUGCUGAAGGAUGGCUUGUUGAUCCCUGUCAUUGCAACGACGUUGUUGUUCUGGAUUAUCCUCCACUAUUAUCUGCGGCCGACUGAGGGCAUCAGGAGGGAGUUAAAACUCAUUUUUCAGAUGUCCAUUCUGGGUGCUGUAGGAGUGUCCUUGGUUUUCCUGUUGGUCAAGCCACCUGUGAGGUAUCCAGACCUGUUCACCCUUCUGAUUGCCAUCUACUCUUGCGCUCACUUCAUGAUGUUUGCUGUUUAUUUUCAUGCCAGACAAUUUGGCAGUUCCCUUACCAAGUUUAUAUUUGCUGCUGACGCAGCGAAGAAAAGGGAUGAUUACGAGGACGAUAAAAUUUCUUCUCCCCGAUCAUCGGUACAGAAUGUAGAGCAGAGAAAUUUUAAUCUGAGAAGCCGGAAAAGAAAGUGAUUUCUCCUUCAUAGAUGAAUAGUUGUUUUUUUCAUUUAAAAGAGGUCAACCGUGUUCAUUAGCACUGUUUUAUGUUUCAGUGUAGAAAAAUAGAGACAGUGUCGGAAAUCAUUCCAUAUAAAGUUAAUGGAAAAGGACUCAUUUAUUAUUAUUGUAAGGACUAGUGCAAUCAAUUUUACCCUGCCUGUUGAGACUUGUAUUAUAUCAUUUCACUUGAUGAAGUAUUCUCCCUGGGAUUGAUUUCGGGUCCCUCCAUUAACUAAUUAGUUGCCCAAAGGUACUCUCGUGGAUCAAAAUUCAAAAUUUGUGUGUGUUUGAAAAACGAAAAGAACAUGCACGCACUUGACCCACGGGAGAGAAUGUGUCAUAAAUUAUUGGUUAUUUACCCACGUUACUUGAAGGAGUCUGUCAACAUACUGAGAUCUGUAUCUGUUUAUUCUUUCUGAUUGGAAAGACCAUUAUUAUUUAUCAUUUAUUAGCAUUAGACGAAAUAUAUAUACAGUGGAACUCGUUUCAACGAGGUCGCAGGCCCUGACCUAAAAUCUCAUUGAAUGCAAGUGUUCGUUAUAGCAAAUAUGCGGUUUUAGGUAGAUAAUUACAGACACUGAGCAAGGGCGAAAACAAAGAGAAAGCCGAAACUCAAGCAACUGAAGAUCGACUCUGACCAGCGCCAGUAGGUGUCUGCCUGAUCCACAUAGAGGGCGCCUAAGGCCUAGAUCUAGAUCUAAGCAAAAAAUUACACCACGGUACAGCUGGUAUUUAUGAAGCAUUUUAUUAGGGGGGAAAAACAUGAAUUUCCUAAAAUAUUAUGUAAUGCUGCUCGGUGACCACCCUAAUUUGAUGACGCAGAUUUAAAAAAUGUAAUUAGUGUAACAUAGUGUUUGUCUACAUUAAGCACAAGCUCUGAAAUGGCCAUUUAAAAUUGUCCCCAGUCCAGUCAGGUGACGUCACGCAAACAACAGAACCCGAGUUGGCGACGGUGAGACUGCACUGAGAGUUCGCGACCUCAAUGCUUUCAUGUCGCAUCUCCGUUUUUAAUAACAGUGACCAAUUCGUUCAAAUGCAAGCCUGUGUCAUCUCGAUUGUUCACCAAAAAGUUGUGUUGGUGUUAUAGAGCCUAGCCUAGCAUAUGGCAACUUAUUUUGAUUCCAUAGACCAGCGCUUAAUUCAUUACGUAGAUCUACGUCAUGACUAGCUUAUCAUUGUAAUAUUGAUCAGUUGCCGAGGGAGGGGGGGGGGGUGAGAUUGUGACCCCCACCCCGACACGCACACAAGCACACAUGCGCGUGCCAACAACGCAUGUGUUUGUAGUAUGUACGAAAGAAUGAUGGUUUCC